AAUAGAGUUGUACAUCAUUAGGGUAAUGAUUGCACUGAACCAUAAGACACAAGCCUGUAUACACUGAUAGUGACAUCCAGUAGACAUGAUGCAUAAAAAAGCAAAAAAACCUAAACAACCAAAACCAUUACCACUAGCAUGAAUCUUUAAUGCAAAUACAGCAGUUAUGAAUGCAUCAGGUGGUCACACAUGAAAUCUUUGUGGACGCUCACAAUCUUACGGUAUGUGUAGAUAUGUUCACAGGAGUCAUUGGCAUGGCCGUGCCUCUUUGACCACACUCUUUGUGAGUUGAAGUUGCAAGAAAAAGAAAGCUUUUUCAAAGGUUCACAAGAAAAAUUCGACAAGAUUGUAAGUCAACAUGAAUGCAGUCUGCUCACUGAGACUCUACAAAGAACAGCAGUGUUGAAUGGAAAUGUCAUUUGCUUAGCAGGUAUUUCAUAAAAGACGAAAACAAAGCACUAGCAAGGCAGCAUUUUGACACAAUAAUGCACCAAAUUUUCUUGUCUUUUUCAACACUUUGACAUGGGAUAAAUAUUUGAGAGAAGCACAAAACCACCAGCAAUUCUCCUUGUGGACAUUCUGAGCAUGUGUGCAAAAUUUCAUCCAGUAGUUGUUGAGCCAUAUGACUCAAAACCACAGAUGUUAACCUCCCACUGGCAUUAGAGGGAAAAGUCACAAGAUCAACAACGUUCAUUGCUUGGGGAGCUUUUAUGCCUGGGUAAAUUUAGAUGCCAGUCUAUUCAGUAGGUUUCAAGUUUUCACUUUGUAAGUGACCUGUGUAUAAUUCUAGAUAAAAACUCACUUAAGCAAUUAAAAAUUCGCUAGAGGUCCUAAAGGUCAGAGGAACUGGAAAGCCAAAAUCAUUCUCUGGAGGACAAGUAAUGUCAGUACAUUUCAAUGGUUAAGAUAUUUCAGCCUGUGUUCAAGUGGUUAUCCUCCUACCGCUCUCAUUUCCAUGCUACUUUUGUGGCAUAAAAAACAAACAAAACAAAAACAGAGUGACAUCUUUGGUAACAGCAAUCAUUAAACCUAACUAGCUGUGUGUAACGGAGAAGAUUCUGCAUGGCAAUUUGUGGAAGAAAAUGUAGCAGUGCAGAAAACAGCAGUGGAAAUAAAACAAAAGAAAAUACUCCAGAAUCUGACAGAAAUGCACAACUUCUGUAAUGACAAAUGGUGUAAUAGCUUCUUCCACAACAGCACAGGAGGACGCACAAAAGAACUGAGCACUUCAAGAAAAACUUCCCUCAGAUACGCUCAUUUGGGGUUUACCAAUACGUCAUCCAGCUGAGAUUCCUACAGGGAGGAGCCCAUUAUCACUGUGCAGACAGAAGUAACAUAUGGACUCCCUCGUCGUGAUUGAGUUGAGCUGAAAGUCUGAAUACAUUUCACUGGUGUCUAGAGAAUUCACCCUAUAUGCCUGCAUAUGUUUAUGCACUGCACCAUACUGUAUGAAUUGGUAGGUACACUGAAAACUGGAACCAAACAUGUUUCUGUCGCUGAUUCAAUUUAUAUAUAUAUUUGUAUCCACUCACAUGCUAAUCAUAAAGGUUGAUUCACAUCAAUAAACUGAUAUUAUCACAUGAUCAAAAGGCUAAUGUUUAUCACACUGCAUUUUGCAACGGCCAUGAAAUGAAAUGCAGCCAUAAUAUCAGAGAGAUAUACUGUUCGGCACACGCGCACGCACACAAGUGUUAGUGUAGAUUUCAGUCACACAAACACACACACAAACAGGAGCAGGUGAUAAUAGGGCUAUUCUAUAUGCGGGGUCAUGAAUAAUUCAAAUUCCAUGUGCUCAAACAGACUCGAGUUGACUGAAUAAUAUGACAGAUUCCGCAACUGCUAUUAGAUGAAAAAAAAUAUCACAAAUGUUUUGGAGAUUCUAGCAGAGGAUAAACUGCCGUGCUGCAUGUGCAACUACUACACUUGCUGAAUGCAAAUCCAAGACAUUCAAAAAGAAAAUUCAAGAAAAAUUCAAGAAAAUUCAAAAGCUUCAUUGUUAUCACACAGUGCAGCACAAUCUUUCACUCUUGAGCUGACUGCUUACUUGGGCCACAAUUUCUGGACUCACAUUCCCUCAUGAAUGUAAUCUUAAACGUAGUAAAUGUAAUCUUUUCUUCUUGUUGCAGUGACAACAAUGCAACCACAGAGCAUACCAGCUGGACUCUGGAAAUGUCCUUGCAGAGGAGAGUGAUGGCUGCAUUCCUGGAGCUUGGCAAUUGGCCUCCUCAUGAGUCAGUGGAGAGAUACUUAUUGUGUUUUCAUUGUUCAAUAAGGCUUUGCAUGAAUUUCUCCCACCUCUUGGCGUACUGAGCCAAAAGCUCCCUAAACACCCAAGUCUUCAUUAUGGCCGUGGAAAGUGGGCUGACUCGAGGUCACCCCUGAUGUUCCACUGACUGCCUGGGGAAGACUGGAAUUAGAAAGCUUCUAGUCACAGGCCACAGAAACCAACAGGACUCCAAGCUCCUUUAUAAGUUUGGCAACCGAUUAACAAUGUUGUAAACGCUGUGUGGGAUAGGAUGCUGGAGAUACAAACAAGUCCUUUCAGAUUCUCACAACGCUGCUGCUCUGUGUGGUUCUGUAGCAUUCUUUUGGAAAGGCUGGCUUAGAAACACUUCAGAUUGAAACUUCCUGGAAAUAAAUAAACAAACAGCUUCUUCAUGCAGCAUCUGCUCAGAUGGAACGCAUUCAGUCAGGGCCUGAAAGAGACGGCCAGGCUAAUGAGAGUUAACUAUUCGCAGUAAAAUGAUUAGAGCAGCUGACCAAACUCUCCAAGAAAAAAGAAAUCACAAAAUAAAACUACACCAAACAGUUGUUUCUGUCUGGACUUACCAAUUGAAUGUCAUCCUUUUUGAAUAUGCAAAUAACCCAAAUAUGCAAAUGAAUUGAGCUCCAAGCUAUGUGAAAGUCAUGCACAAUCAUUUCUCCAUCCAUCCAAGCUCUACCCGCUUGUGUCCUGUGGAGAGUGGUGGUUGGCUGGAGCCUAUCCCAGCUGGCAUUGGGCGAGAGGCGGAGUAGACCCUGGACAACUAUCCAGCCCGUGGCAUGGCUAAAACAAAGACAGCCAUUCCGUUACCAUACAUUUUCUUUUAAGCACAUGAUCAGGUCUGUGCUUAGCCUUUGUAUGGGAUACUGAUAAAGAAAAGGCACAUAUGAAAACAAAACCCUUCCUCCACCUUCAUUUGGAGGGGCGGAGUGAUCAGCAGGUGAUUUGGAUCACCCUGAAGCUCCCUAUCCCCAUUCCAUUACAAUUCCAUUCUUCCCAUGAGUUCAGCCAGUGGGAGAUGAAGACUAUUGCAGAACCAUUUGUGCCUCAUUGUCAGCGGCCAGCUGAUGAAGCCUGGAGCAUUUAGUUCACUACUGAUGAUUGAAUGAAUGCACAUUUAGACUGUAAGAAAAAAAAAACGUUUGAAAGAGUUCAGGGAAAACAUUAAGGCGGUCUGUGCAAGCACUCCCCCGAGAAAGCAGAAUAAAGUGAAAGAAAAACAGCAGCUUUAAAGUUGCACCUGUAAGGUGAAGACACCCCGGCACAACUUUCCACAGACGGCACAAGUUGCCCCAUAAGCAUUUGUUCUUCCAGCAGCGCGAAUUCGGGCGAGCAGGAGGACGUGCAGGGUGCUGCACAUCGACAAACUGUGAAGAAAUCAAAACAGCGGCUGUCACCCAUCAGGAGAGAAGGGAAAAUUACCAAACACACCAGCGAGCUCUCAAGUCCCACUGAUAGAGCGCUCGAGUAGCAUUUAUGAUCACGUUAUUCUCACACCCUCCUCUUAUCCAGAAAAAAAAAAUGUAACAAAAAUAAAAAAAUCCGUGAAAUAUUCCUGAUUGGAGAAGGGCGCAGAAGCAAAGCGCAGUAUUGUCUGAAGCACAACUGAGAGGGUCCAGUUCAGGGGGGGAAACCCUUUUGACUCGAAUUAAAGGGAGGCUGUAUGAGGGGAAAAAGAGAGAGAAAAAAGAAGGAAAGAAAGAAAGAAAGAAAGAGGGGAGGAGGAGGAGGAGGGCAGGGAAGAAAGUGGUGGCGGUGCCAGACGCAGCGGCAGUAAGAAGCGUACGUACGUGCUUUAUCUUAGCGGCUGAGUGUGACGUGAUAUUGCAGCCUGCUCCUGGAGCUCUGCAAGCACCAAGCAAAGCGCGUCUAUUUCUCUCUGUGUUGUAACUCACUGACCCCCCAACAUCUCACAUCCACCCACUACGGAUCUUUUUUUCUUUUUCUUUUCCCUAUUCACCCCCUUUUUGCGGAGAGGGGGGGUCGGUGCGCGACUUGAUGGAGAAAACAUUUCGGUGGGAAAUAGAGACGUGGAGUCUGCCGAAUUAAUUUAUGGUAAAUACUGUAAGAAUUGCUCUCGUCGUCACUCCAAGAAUUUCUUCCCCUCUGUCUCUCCUGGUCUUUCUCCUUUCUUCUUCUUCUUCUUCUUCUUCUCCUCUCUCUCUCUUUUUCUCGGUGGCUGUCGUGUGUUGUUGCGCUCCGUUUUGAUGGGAAAAACCCAGAAGAAGGAGACGGGGGGAUAUGUGCGGGCAGACCGGAGUGUAACGCAUUUUAUUUUCAUCCAUUGAACCAUCUUGUUGCGCCGGACUUCUAUUGUCGGGAAUGGGGAGUAUUGAUUCACUGGAGGGCUGCAGAAUUUAUUUAUAAAGGAUGUGGUCAAGUAUGUGGAAAAAAUAGCCAUAGCUUCCGCAGUGUAAGGCCAAAUGACAUAGGAUGAAGGCUGUUCGAAACCUGUUGAUUUAUAUAUUUUCCACCUAUCUUCUGGUUAUGUUUGGAUUAACUGGUGCCCAAGAUUAUUGGUGUUCCACUCUGGUCAAGGGGGUCAUUUAUGGAUCAUAUUCAGUGACUGAAAUGUUUCCCAAGAACUAUACAAACUGUACAUGGACGCUGGAGAACCCUGACCCUACCAAAUACAGCAUCUACCUGAAGCUAUACAAGCGAGACUUGAGCUGCUCUGAAUACUCUUUGCUUGCUUAUCAGUUUGACCAUUACUCACAUGAAAAGAUCAAUGAACUGCUGAGAGUCAACGAGUCUAUAGUGUAUUUGUGUGAUUCAAAGAAUAUUUACGUAUUUUUGCUGUAUGACAAGAAUUUUGUUCAGCUACGGAGAGUUUUCCCUUAUGAUUACAAUGGAUUGACGCCACAGAAGCUGGAUGAGGAGGAGAAGUCUAUUGUGGAGUUUCUAGUGUUGAACAAGGCCAGCCCUAGCCAAUUUGGAUGUCAAGUGCUUUGUACAUGGCUGGAAAAUUGCCUGAAAUUAGAAAAAGGGACAGUGGAGACAUGUGGGAUUGUGUACACGAAAUGCACAUGUCCUCAGCAUUUAGGCGAUGGAGAAUCAGAGAGCAUGCUCAUGCUCAACAACGUGGUUUUACCCUUGAAUCCACAAACGGAGGGUUGCUUGUCACCCCAACUACAAGCCGGGCAGAUCUGCAAUCUGACCGCAGAAGUUAAACGGCCUCCUAAAGAAGAAUAUGGAAUGAUCGGAGAGCAUACAGUAAAAAGUCAGCGGCCAAGAUCAGUUCAUGACACAAAGGCCCUGCAGGAGCAAGCUGAAUCUGCUAAAUUUAUGGCACAAACUGGUGAAUCAGGUGCAGAGGAGUGGUCCCAGUGGAGCUCAUGCUCUGUAACAUGCGGUCAAGGGUCGCAGGUGCGAACAAGAACAUGUGUCUCACCAUACGGAACACACUGCAGCGGCCCUUUAAGAGAAUCAAGGGUUUGCAAUAACACUGCCCCUUGUCCAGUACACGGUGUGUGGGAGGAGUGGUCACCGUGGAGCCUGUGCUCAUUCACAUGUGGCAGAGGUCACCGCACUAGGACUAGGAUGUGCUCUCCUCCCCAGCAUGGAGGCAGGGCUUGUGAUGGACCUGAGACCCAGACUAAACUUUGCAACAUAGCCCUUUGCCCAGUGGACGGACAGUGGCAGGAGUGGAGCUCUUGGAGCGAUUGCUCGGUGACCUGUGCCAAUGGCACACAGCAGAGGACCAGGCAGUGCUCAGCAGCCGCCCAUGGGGGAUCUGAGUGUCGCGGUCACUGGGCAGAAAGCAGAGAGUGCCAUAAUCCUGACUGCACAGCUAAUGGCCAGUGGAAUCCUUGGGGUCCGUGGAGUGGCUGCUCAAAGUCUUGCGACGGUGGAUGGCAGAGGCGUGCUCGGGUGUGUCAGGGGGCAGCGGUGACUGGGCAACAGUGUGAUGGGAGCGGAGAAGAAGUCAGAAAGUGCAGUGACCAGCGGUGUCCAGCACCUUAUGAAAUUUGUCCUGAGGACUAUGCAGUGUCAAUGGUGUGGAGACGAACCCCUUCAGGAGAACUCGCCUUCAAUAGAUGUCCCCCUAAUGCCACAGGCACCACUAGUCGACGCUGCUCUUUGGAUCACCGCGGUAUGGCCUUCUGGGAGCAGCCCAGCUAUGCUCGAUGCAUAACAAAUGAAUUCAGAUACUUGCAGCAAUCAGUUCAGGGGCACCUUGCCAAGGGCCAGAGGAUGCUGGCGGGGGAUGGGAUGUCCCAGGUCACAAAAAACCUGCUGGAUCUCACCCAGAGGAGGAACUUCUAUGCUGGUGACCUCCUGUCUUCAGUAGAGAUCCUUCGCAAUGUGACAGAGACCUUCAAGAGAGCCAGCUAUGAGCCGUCAUCCGAUGACGUGCAAAACUUCUUUCAAAUCAUCAGCAACCUCCUGGAGGAGGAAAAUAAGGAGAAAUGGGAAGACGCGCAAAAGAUCUACCCCGGAGCAGUGGAGCUCAUGCAGGUCAUAGAAGAUUUCAUCCACAUUGUUGGACUGGGCAUGAAGGAUUUCCACAAUGCCUAUUUGAUGACUGGAAACUUAGUUGCCAGCAUCCAGAGGCUUCCAGCAGUGUCUGUGAUGACUGACAUUAACUUCCCCAUGAAGGGCCGUAAAGGCAUGGUUGACUGGGCCAGAAACUCUGAAGAUAAAGUGGUCAUCCCAAAGGGCCUCUUUGUUUCCCAGUCAGCAGAUAUGGAGGGAUCGCCUGUUUUCAUUUUGGGAACCGUUCUCUACAAGACUCUUGGACUCAUGCUACCUUCACCAAAGAACCACACAGUUGUGAACUCCAAGGUCAUAGCUGUGACUGUGAGACCCGAGCCCAAGGCCACUGAGUCCCACCUGGAGAUUGAACUGGCUCACUUGGCAAAUGGAACAAUGAACCCUUACUGUGCGCUGUGGGACAGCACCAUACUGAACGAUUCUUGGGGAGCCUGGUCCACAAAAGGAUGUAAAACGGUGCUUACAGAUGCAUCCCAUACAAAAUGCUUAUGUGAUCGUGUAUCUACCUUCGCCAUUUUGGCUCAGCAACCAAGAGAAAUAACCAUGGAGUACUCAGGGGUCCCAUCUGUGACAUUGAUAGUUGGCUGUGGCUUGUCUUGCCUCGCCUUGAUCACAUUGGCAGUGAUCUACGCAGUGCUAUGGCGAUAUAUCCGCUCUGAGCGAUCCAUCAUCCUGCUCAACUUCUGCUUAUCUAUAGUCUGCUCAAACAUAUUGAUCCUUGUUGGGCAAACACAGACCCACAAUGUGAGCGUCUGCAUCAUGACAACAGCCUUCCUGCACUUCUUCUUCCUGGCGUCGUUCUGCUGGGUCCUAACAGAGGCCUGGCAGUCCUACAUGGCAGUGACAGGAAAGGUUCGGACCAGGCUCAUCCGUAAGCGCUUUCUGUGUCUGGGUUGGGGAUUACCAGCUUUAGUUGUUGCGGUUUCGAUGGGAUUUACCAAAACAAAGGGCUAUGGGACACCCUUAUACUGUUGGCUGUCUUUGGAGGGCGGGCUCCUGUACGCCUUUGUUGGACCUGCAGCUGCUGUUGUUCUGGUCAACAUGGUGAUUGGCAUUUUGGUGUUUAACAAACUAGUGUCCAGAGAUGGUAUACUGGACAAGAAGCUGAAGCACCGAGCAGGGUAUGACAGCACAUCCUUACAGAUGAGUGAGCCGCAUACAGGAUUAACUCUCAAGUGUGCCAAAUGUGGCGUUGUAUCAACAACUGCUUUAUCAGCAACUACAGCUAGCAAUGCAAUGGCGUCCUUGUGGAGUUCCUGUGUCGUGCUGCCUCUGCUGGCUUUGACCUGGAUGUCUGCGGUACUUGCCAUAACGGACAAGCGCUCCAUCCUCUUUCAGAUCCUCUUUGCUGUCUUUGACUCGCUGCAGGGUUUUGUCAUUGUGAUGGUGCACUGUAUCCUACGGAGAGAGGUCCAGGAUGCUUUUAGAUGUCGGCUCAGAAACUGCCAAGAUCCAAUCAGCGGUGAUGCAACAGGAACUUUCCCUAAUGGGCAUGCUCAGAUAAUGACGGACUUUGAGAAGGAUGUGGACAUCGCCUGCCGAUCAGCACUCCACAAAGACAUGGGCUCUUGUCGCGCCGCCACCAUAACAGGCACCCUCUCCCGCAUUUCCCUCAAUGAUGAGGAGGACGAGAAGGCCCCCGAGGGCCUCAACUACUCCACACUGCCUGGCAACAUCAUCUCCAAAGUGAUUAUCCAGCAGCCUUCCGCUCUGCACAUGCCGAUGGGAAUGGGCGAGCUGAAAGAGCAGUGCAUGGUGGACACCACCGCCGACAUUCGCCGCACCGUUUACCUUUGCACCGACGACGCCCUGCGCCAGAGCGACCAAGACAUGGGCGUCCACGACAAGGAGGGCCAUCCCAUGCAGAGUCAGAUGAUGGAGACAGACUACAUAGUCAUGCCCCGUGCCUCCGCAGCCGUGUCGGGGUCGGGUAACGUGCCCACCCUCCUGAAAGACGACACCAAGAUGAACAUCACUAUGGAUACACUGCCACACGAGAGGCUAAUGCAUUACAAGAUGAGCCCUGACUUCAAUAUCAACCCGUCAGGCAUGGACCACAUGAAUGUGAACCUGGAGCAGCAGUAUCCGAGCGCUCCAGAGCAGAUGCAAAACCUGCCCUUUGAACCUCGCACGGCUGUUAAGAACUUCCUCGCUGAAAUGGAGGAAUCCACGGGGCUUUCUAGGAGUGAGACAGGGUCAACAAUAUCUAUGAGCUCUCUGGAGAGAAGAAAGUCACGUUACUCCGAUCUGGACUUUGAGAAAGUCAUGCACACCAGGAAAAGACACAUGGAGCUGUUCCAGGAACUGAAUCAGAAAUUUCAAACCCUGGACCGAUUUCGAGACAUACCAAAUAUGGGCAGCAUGGACAAGGCAAUGCCAAACAAGAACCCAUGGGAGAGCUACAAUCCAGCCUGUGAGUACCAGAACUACGCCACUAUGAAUGUACUAGAAUCUGACACCAAGGACUCACUGGAGAUGACGCCUGCAGAGUGGGAAAAGUGUGUCAACUUACCCUUAGAUGUCCAGGAGGGAGACUUCCAAACAGAGGUCUAGAGGGCGGAGAAGGUGAAAUGCAAACUAGGAAAUGAGGAGAAAAGGGGAUGUAAUUUGCACUGAACAAAGCAACAGACUUUUCUAACAGCCUUGGCAUACAUAUCUGGAUAAUACGAGUGUGGCAGGGACAUUAUGUGCCAAUACAAUAUAAGGACUGGUGAGAGAGAAAAAAAGAAGAAAAAAAAGGGAUAAAAACAUCAGUGUUACUUUUUGUAUUCUCACUAGUGUACUUAGUGUGGGGCAGCCUGGUGUACAAUAUUUACCAUCAUGUGUUUCGAAUUAUCUUUUGAGGAAUUGGCGAAAAGAAAGCGGAUUAAAAAAAAAAAGGUAAACCUCACAAAGCAAAGACAUGCCAUGUGGUCCCAGCUUCAUCGGGUCUAGUUUUGAUUUCCUAAAACUAGACCCGGGAGCACAAUGUAUAUAUUUAUGCAGGUUUUUAAAAAGUUUAUAACAGUCUGUUUGGCCAUUACUACACUUUUUACUUUAUAAUAUAAAACAUGGGAGGCAAAGAGGAUUUUUUCUGUCAUAUUAAAAUGAAUGUUUGUCAAGCUACAUUCUUCAUUGCUUUAAAUGCAAUAAAGAUAAUACUCACUUUUAUAUAAAUAAUAUAUUUCACAACUUUAUUACUGCAGAAUCUGCUUGAAGGAUCCCAGCAAGCUCUCUCAUCUGCAGCUCUGUAUAAAAUAUUUAAAAACAAAAUGUUGUAUGGUGUAAAUAAACUUUUGUCUACAUAUGUUUUACUUGUGCCAAUUUAUUUUAAUGAGAAAAAAAAUGCCAACCUGAUCAAAAAGUUAUAGCGAAAAAUGUUAACAUUUGAAAAGGAAUGUAAAUAAAAGAGGAAAUAUGUUCGUACUGCUUCA